GCGAACAUGUUAUGCAGAAGCCCGCCGCCAGCGAGUCCGGCAGUGUCGGAAAUCUCGGUUGGUUCUCCAAGUCCACCACCGGUGGUGGACCAUCAUCUCCACCGUCUGCAGGCUCAUCACAACAGCAGUCGAGGCGAUGACUAUUUUAGCCCACUGAAGCGACUACGAGGAGUUGAACAUAGUAGUAUAAGUCCACCCAAGGAUGAACCGGUGAGCCCACCCCGGGAGCGGCCAAGUCCUCCAACUUCGGCUGCCUCCUCUGCCGCCACUGUGAAGUCCUUCUCUAUAGCGGACAUCCUUGGCCGGGACACGGACACCAGCAAUCGUGAUAGUGCGUUAGCCUUGCACCACCACCAUACGCUUCAUAGUACGCACCACAGUACGCUUCAGGCGGCUGCCACCAAAAUAGUGCGACCGUGGGAUCACCUCCGGGGACCGAUUCCGGUGCGACCAUUUCUGCCUCCUGCCCUGCUACACUACGAACACCGAUUAGCACUAGACUAUCACCAGCAGCUUCAGGAGCACUUCCGAGCACAAGCACAGCUUCUGCGGCACAUGAGCAUGGACAUUAUUCCUUCGGAGAGCGGCUCGGAACGGUCCAGCUCGGCAGCUAGCGGCGACUGCUGCUCGCCGGAGAUCGGCCGAACCUCCGAUCACCAUCAAUCCUCGCAGUCGUCGUCCUCCGGAUCGCACAACAACAAUAAUAACAACAACAACGGAAGUGGUGCCGGCAUCGGCAGUGGGAAAGCCGGUGUGAAGACGGGUCCAAACGGCACCCCGCUGGAUGCGUUAUUUCAGAUGACCAACAAAAACUUCGACGAAGCAAACGAGGAUGGGGAGCAAUCCCAUCUGAACCUAUUCGCCAACCGGCCCCAACCAAAGAAGAAGAGGAAAUCGCGGACGGCAUUCACCAACCACCAGAUCUUCGAGCUGGAGAAACGGUUCCUGUACCAAAAAUACCUCUCGCCCUCGGAUCGGGACGAGAUUGCCGCUGCCCUCGGAUUGUCCAAUGCACAGGUCAUCACCUGGUUCCAGAACCGACGGGCGAAGCUGAAGCGCGACAUGGAGGAGCUGAAGAAGGACGUCGAAACCGUGAAAAUCAUGUCCGCACAGAAGACGUUCCUCGAGAGCGUCAACGAUAUGAACAUCCUGAAGAAGAAGAUCGUCACGGCCCACGACGAGCAGGGCGGCAGCCCGCACAAAUAA